GCUCCAUCCGCGCUUCAUCUGUGCCUCUGCAGGCCAGGCUGUGUGUGAUGAUGGUUCUUGUCUCGUCUUCAAACUUUCUCGCGCACAAUUCUCACAUGACGCGUCGACAACCACAAGACACAAAUACCCAAAGACUAGCUAGCCAGCAGUGAUCAAAGUCAUGGCGGAUACACUGGCGCCCAGCAAACCGCUCCUCAGGCCAGUCUCAAGUCCUGCGCCAGAUAUUCCGGUUUCCGUAUCAAUGCCCGUCGAGGGCGACCACUACUCGCGCCUCAAGUCACUUCAGCGCCAUCUAGAGAUGCUCGAACUACAAGAAAAGUUCAUCAAGGAAGACCAAAAGACACUGCGUCGCGAGUUUGUUCGUGCACAAGAGGAAGUGAAGCGGAUUCAGAGUGUGCCACUGGUGAUUGGGCAAUUCUUGGAGGCCAUUGAUCAGAAUACGGGGAUUGUUGGGUCAACGACUGGUAGCAACUAUGUCGUACGCAUCCUCUCGACACUCGACAGGGAGCUGCUGAAGCCUUCGAGUAGUGUUGCAUUGCACAGACACUCAAACGCACUCGUGGAUAUCUUGCCACCAGAGGCAGACUCCUCCAUUCAAAUGCUCGGUGCGGAUGAGAAGCCCGAUGUCACCUAUGCUGAUGUGGGUGGCCUUGAUAUGCAAAAACAAGAGAUUCGAGAGGCUGUUGAGUUGCCAAUGCAGCAAGCUGAGUUGUACAGGCAAAUUGGUAUUGAACCACCCCGUGGCGUGCUCCUCUAUGGACCUCCAGGAACUGGCAAGACGAUGCUCGUCAAAGCUGUUGCCAAUGCAACAAAAGCAUCAUUCAUCCGUGUUGUCGGUUCAGAGUUUGUGCAAAAGUACUUGGGAGAGGGACCGCGUAUGGUGCGUGAUGUCUUUCGCAUGGCUCGCGAGAAUUCACCUUGCAUCAUCUUCAUUGAUGAGGUGGAUGCUAUUGCUACGAAGCGAUUCGAUGCGCAGACAGGUGCAGACAGAGAGGUCCAGCGUAUCUUGCUGGAGUUGCUAAACCAGAUGGAUGGGUUCGACCAGACCAGCAACGUCAAGGUCAUCAUGGCCACAAAUCGUGCUGAUACCCUCGAUCCGGCUUUACUACGACCUGGGCGUCUCGAUCGCAAGAUUGAGUUUCCCAAUCUCAAGGAUCGCAGGCAACGUCGUCUCAUCUUCACGACAAUCGCCAGUAAAAUGUCUCUGUCGCCAGAAGUCGACCUCGAUACAUUCAUCUUGCGACCUGAUGCGUCGAGUGGUGCACAAGUUGCUGCAAUCAUGCAAGAUGCCGGUCUCAUUGCUGUUCGCAAGAGUCGCUAUGUGAUUCUGCAAAGCGAUAUCGAGGAAGCGUAUGCCAAAUUGCACAAGACUGAGGGUGAGGGCAGUGCCAAGUUUGAGUUUUACAAGUAGCAUACAACGAAGCAAACGUCAUCCUUCUCUCAUCCUUUCCCCCUCCGAUUCCUCGACUCAAGAAUCACCAGUACCCAAUGCUCUGAGUUCCGCUACCUCGUCACGUUUCGUUGUUCGCUGCCAGAAUCGCUUCUUCUUGAUAUCCUUGUCGUCUUCCUCAUCAGCCAGGCUGACUUCCUCAAAGUCAGCUUCGAGCGUCGCUGCUGGUAAUGGUUGCAUCGCUGGUACAGAGCGCGCACUCCCUCCUGUCGACGGUCGAGGCGAACUGCCACUCGCAGGCGUCAAUUGGGCAAGUAAGCCAGGAUCCUUCCUGCUAUAGCUAUACGACGAUCGUCGCUCAUUUUGUAGUGGUGUUGCAG